CUUCAAACUCAGCUCUCUAAAAGGAAGAGUCUCCCCCCCAUUUGUCCUCCUGCCCUUGUGCUCACAAACAACACCUCUCCCCUUUCUCUCUCUCUCUCUCCAUUCCACCCCACACUUUGGGUUCAGACAAAACUAUUCUUUUGGCCACCCUUUUAAUCUCAUCCCAUCUUCAAACCCAAUUUCCAUUCCCUGUUAGUUUGAGUAUGAACAUUUCUUGACAUUCACACAAUCACUGUAGUUUCUAGCUAGCUAGCUUGCAUUUUACUUGGAAAUUAAAAGAUAAUAAUAAUAAUCAUCAUCAUCAUGAUGGCAUCAUCCUCAGAACUAAGCCUGGACUGCAAACCACAACAUAGCUACUCUAUGCUCCUAAAAUCCUUCGGAGACCAACAACAAACGACAACUGAUCAUCAUCAAACCUCCCAAAAGCUCGAAGAAUUCCUCGCUCGUCUCGAAGAAGAACGCCUCAAGAUCGAUGCUUUUAAACGCGAGCUUCCCCUAUGCAUGCAACUCCUCACCAAUGCUAUGGAGGCUUCAAGGCAGCAAUUGCAAUCUUAUAAGGCGAAUAAUCAAGGGGGGACGAGGCCGGUUCUUGAAGAAUUCAUUCCACUCAAGAAUUCUUCAUCAAGUUGUGAUAAUAAUGGAGGAGCAGAAAAGAUGGCGAUGGCGGCGGCAAACAUGGCGUCCGACAAGGCGAAUUGGAUGACGUCAGCACAACUAUGGAGUGAUCAAGGAAAUGAAGGCGCAGGGAAGAAGCAACAUCCCAGUAUUGGUGUAGCUUCUUCUCCAAAAGAAAAUGAAAUAAUAGGGUUUUCAAUGAGCCCAAAAGCAGGAAACCUUGAGAAGAGAAAUAAUAAUAAUAAUGGUGGAGGGGGGCCUGGGGCUUUUCUUCCAUUUUCCAAAGACAGAAGCUCUUCAGGCCCUCCUGCCCCAACCCUAGCCCUAGCUUCUUCAUGUGAAGACAACGUAGAAGCAGACAAAAAGAAUAAUAAUAAUAAUGUUUCAGAAAUUAUUGUGAAUAAUCCUCCUAGUAAGGCCAACAAUCAUAGCGGGGAUGCAAGUAGUAUGAGUCAACCAGAUGGUCAAACCACCAGCGCCACGGCGGCGGCCGCCGCCGCCACUCAGCCUCAGAGGAAAGCUAGAAGAUGUUGGUCCCCUGAUCUGCACAGACGUUUCGUUAAUGCUCUUCAGAUGCUUGGUGGAUCUCAAGUUGCCACCCCAAAGCAAAUCAGGGAACUCAUGAAGGUUGAUGGAUUGACCAAUGAUGAAGUUAAAAGCCAUCUCCAGGUAUACAUACACAAAACUAAAUACAGACUUCACACCAGAAGACCAAUCCCGAGUCCACAAACAGCCGCCACCGGAGCACCACAGCUCGUCGUAUUAGGGGGCAUAUGGGUUCCACCGGAGUACGCAACCGCCGCCGCCACCCACAGCGGUUCCGUCGCCGCCGCUACCCUUUACGGUGCACACCCAACCGUCCAUGCUCAACAGCACUACUGCGCUACCGCCGCCCCGCAAGUGGCCCAUCACGAAUUCUACGCAGCACCGCCGCCGCCGCCGCUCCACCAGUUGCACCAGCCCCUCCUCCACCACCACCACCAGCUCCACAUGUACAAGCCACCCUCCCAUGCACAUACCCAUAGCUCCCCCGUUUCCGGUGACCGGUCAGAGAGCAUCGAGGACGGCAAGUCUUCGGCCAGCGGCGGCAGCUGGAAAGGCGAUAGCGGUAGCGAAAACGGCGGCGGGGAGAGGAAAGUUUUGGUUUUAAGGGAGGAAGGUGAAGUGGGGAAUAAUGGAACUGAGAUUAGUCUCAAGUUCUAAAUUAAUUAUAAUUUCUUUGAUUAUUAUUAUUAUUAUUAUUAUUAUUAGUGUACUUUAGUAGCAUUAAUUCUUGGAUUUAGAUUUAAGAGUAGGGUAAGUUUAGCUCGGAAAUUAAUUACAAUGUUUAAAAAGGCCAUUAAUUAAUUAUGAUUUGUUUUGGAGUUA